CUUGGGCUUUUCCCAGAACCAGGAUGUGCAGAAGUUCAUUUCUGCGCUGUUUCUCAUCAUGUACCUGGCCAUCGUGCUGGGUAAUGGCCUCAUCGUGGUGACCAUCACACCAGCAAAGGGCUCAGCUCCCCCAUGUAUUUCUUCCUCGGCUCCUUGUCCUUUGUGGAGCUCUGUUACUGUUCUGUCACAGCCCCUAAACUCAUCCUUGACUCUUUCAUGGAGAGGAGAGUCAUCUCCCUCAAGGGCUGCCUCACACAGAUAUUUUUCCUCCACUUCUUUGGUGGCACCGAGAUCUUCCUCCUGACAGUGAUGGCCUAUGACCGCUACGUGGCCAUCUGCAAGCCGCUGCAUUACACGGUCAUCAUGCACCGGCGGGUGUGUGGCCUCCUGGUGGGGGCGGCCUGGGGUGGGGGCCUGCUGCACUCUGUGGGACAAACCUUCCUCAUUUUCCAGUUGCCCUUCUGUGGCCCCAAGGUCCUUGACCACUACUUCUGUGACGUCCACCCCGUGCUGAAGCUGGCCUGCGCAGACACCUUCCUCGUCGGCCUGCUCAUCAUCGCCAAUGGUGGCUCCAUCUCGGUGGUCAGCUUCGCGGGGCUGCUCGCGUCCUACGGGGUCAUCCUGUGCUCCCUGAGGACCCGGUCCUCAGAAGGCCGGCGCAAGGCCCUCUCCACGUGCGCCUCUCACGUCGCAGUCGUGGCCCUGUUCUUCAUCCCCUGUUCCUUUGUCUACAUGAGGCCCUGUGUCACCCUCCCGGCAGACAAGAUAGUGGCCGUGUUUUACACGGUGGCCACGCCUCUCCUAAACCCUGUCAUUUACUCCUUCAGGAACGUGGAAGUGAAAAACGCCAUGAGGAGACUGAUGGGAGGAAAGCGAUUCGGGAAGAGAAAUAGAUGAGUCAGUCAGGGGGAUGAGGGGGAAGGGAUGGAAAAUUGGGGGCCCCGGGGUCUCACUCUGUCUCUACCUUUAACUGACCAGGUGGCCUAGGGCGAGACACCUUCUUUCUUUAAGUUUCUCUUUCCUCAUCUUUUUGGGGCUGGUCAGGAUUGAAGCAGUCUCUAGGAUGAAGUCUUGGUGCUGUGCUGCCACAAUUGACAGUGACCUUGAGGCAGAUUGGCUGGUUUGGUUUUUCUGGACUCUCCCAGAAAACCAGGGGCUCCCUGGGAAUAGUGAAAAGGUUGUUGGAAAGGAGAAGGAACUGCCUCAGGAACAGUGUCCACAGGUCCUUUGUGUUUGAAGAGCCCCGACCUUUGGAUUUUUAGAGAUGAAGGUGGAGAGGGAAUAGUGGUCACGGCAAUGCUUAAAAAUUCUGUUGACCCGGAGUUCCUGUUGUGGCUCAGCAGGGUAAGAACCUGACUGGUGUCCAGGAGAAUGCGGGUUCAG